GCUGAGCGCGCGAGCGUGUGUGUGUGCCAAGGUCGACGCGCAUGGACCCGCGCAAACGGGGAAGGUCGAGCGAGUUGAAUGAUGAAUGCACAUCUUCUCAGCAAUCCCUUAGCGACGUAUGCCUCGUUUACUCCCGCGAUCAAUUCUGCAUGCUCAGUCUGAGAAUCCUCUCCUCGCGAAACUACUCCCUACAUGCAGAAGUCUCGCGUCUGCGCGUAAUGAAUUGCGAUGGCUCCGUGAGCACGCUAUCGACCACCAUGCCACUGAGCGUAGCCCGGCUUCCAAGGGUGACAAUAACAAUUGGAGAGCGAGAUUGAAAGAGCUAGUCGCACGACGAGCGAGAGGUGAACCUCUGCAAUAUGUUCUGGGAACUGAAUGGUUCGGAGACCUUGAGCUCGUGUGCCGCCCGGGUGUACUCAUACCGCGGCCGGACACCGCGACCGCUAUAGGCUACCUCGUACAGCGGAUGCUCGAGCGUGACCCUCACAAGUGGAGAAAGACACUUCGAGUGCUUGACCUUUGCACAGGCUCUGGCUGCGUAUCUUUGUUUUUCCAGCACGAAUGGAUCAGGUUCAUGCCCGUAAUCCCUGAAAUCCGCACUAUAGGUGUGGAUCUGUCUCCGAAAGCUAUAUCACUUGCACAGCUGAACCGAGACCGCCUGCUGAGAACUAAGCAUGAAGACGUUGAACGGCACAAAGCAUCACAGGCCUCUCACUUCUACGAUACUGCAUUCAUUGAAAGUCUGAGCAACACCAGCUUCCUGCACGCUGAUGUUCUCGAGGAAUCACAGCUAUGGCAAAAGCUAGAGGCUGAGCAUAGCCUGGCAGCGGACAUACUGCUGGCCAACCCACCAUAUAUAUCAAGAUGGGGCUUCCAGCAUUCGACAGAACGGUCAGUGCGUAGACAUGAGCCUAAGAUGGCUCUUGUGCCUCCCUUGCCAUUCUCAAUCCCAGGCAAGGACUGCCCUAAACGAGCAGACAGUGACGACCUGGGUGACUUAUUCUAUGAACCAUUAGUCAAGACCGCAUUAAAAUCCGAUGCAAAGAUAGUUUGGUUCGAAGUUGCAGAUAUUGAACAAGCCGCACGAGUGGCACAUCUGAUCACCUCGAUGGCUUCCGCGCGCCCAGAACAGCUGGAACUGUGGAGAGAAGAACCGAUGCCUGGUAUAGAAGGCCUGGAAGGAAAAGACGAGAUAUAUCAGGGUUUUAUUGUCAAGGGCAGAGGAAAUGGCAGAUCUGUAGUCUGGUGGCGAGAUGGAUAGCGAUAGCCACUGAUGAUCUGGUGGAGAUUGGCCUCAUGCUUACACGAUUGACAUAUAGUUAGACAUUCUCGUCGUACGCCUAUUGUGCCUGAUGUUCACAAUAUUAAGAGCAAGGUUCAUGGGAGGCAAGGACAGAAUGCUUGGUAUUAUUCUGUGGAGCUCCGAACUACCCCACCAGAGCUCCUCCUGCCGAAGUCGGAUCCAUAUGCAGAUUUGAACAGGCAAACCGUGACCCAGGCGUGUAUGGUAACUUACUAUACAUACC